UAUACGUUGUUGGUCUGACAAGGCAGCAUAAAUCCGCCUUUCCAUUUUCCUCCGAGGCAAACAAAAAGGAAAAAAAUAAAACGCGAAGGCGGAAGGCAAGCGGCGGCGCGGCGGGAGGCAAUCGGGAGGCGCCCAAGGACGCCGCGAUGCCGGUAACGAGAGGGCGAGCCGCGGCGGCGGCGGCGGCGGCGGCAGACGAGGAAGAGGGCCACGAGCCCAUCGACAUCUCCUCGGAUUCCGAUGCCGGCGGAUCCGAGGAGUCCGGGUCGGAGGAGGAGGACGGCGAGGAGCCCAGCAGCGACGAAGACUACAUCGAUAUCAGCGACAGCGGCGAGAGCUGCGUCGACAUCAGCGAUAGCGGCGACAGCUACGUCGACAUCAGCGACGACGACGACGAUGAGGAAGAAGGCAGCUCCGAGGGGAACGAGGGGGGAGCGGAGGUGGAUCGACCCGGCGCAGAUCGGAGCGAGGCCUCCUGCACAAAAAUCGCCGAUCUCCUCCGCCGAGGGAGAAACCUGGAUGGGAUUAAGUUGGCGGAGUGCAAAGCAUAUUUAAAGAAUAGCGGUCUUCCCCAAGUUGGGGACAUAGCGACGUGUGUCGAAAGAAUAAUGCUGCAUCGUAGGUUCAAAGAUGAAGAUCCAGAGAAGAUUUAUCCUCGGUCAUCCUUUUGUAUUAACUGUAAAGGCGAUGUCUGUCGAGGUGAUACUGUCUUAUUCAAACAAAAGGUUCACGAGAAAAGUGGCAAAAGGCACUCAAAAUGUAUGGGGAAACGAAUAGUAGCUGGGAAAGUUGUUAAGGAAAGUUAUGGUAAAGACAAGCAGCAACACACAUUUACUAUUCAAGUGUUCUGGAGCAAAGGAGUAGGCAAAUUAUCACCUUUGUAUCUGCUACUUGUCAAAGGACGCAAUCUAUACAGAAUGAUGACUUUCCGUCAGGCUUGGGCGAAUGAAGCGAAUAGGUUGAAGGCUCUAGAUGAAAAGCACGGUAGGGGAGAUGCUGCAAGACGUGUCCGUGCUUCAAAUAGACGUAAUUCUGGAGGACACGCUCUCAAGGGCAAGAAGUCAAAGGAAAAAGGAAAACAGCAGUCUCAACCUGGAGGGCCUGAUGGCGGAUCCAAUAUAACCAAAGGCAAAAAACGUGCCAUGCAAUCCUCCAAUUAUGAUCAUCCUACCAAAAAAAAUCGAAAAGAAGAGCACCAAGUGUCUUCUGGAAAAAGCUUCACUGAUGGUCGUCGAAAGGCAAAGACAAAGUCUGCCCCCCUGGAUAAGAACAUUUGCACCAGCACUAGCAGUUCUCAGCUCAAUGCCAACACAGAGACAAAUCAUGCCAUCCCGCAGAAAAACCUGCAAACAGCACCAGUCAACAAUGGUCUGCGUAACACGGAGGCUAGGGUGAGUAAAAGAAAAGACGGUUCGAAGCAAAGAAACACUGUCGGUGGCAAUCAUGAUCAGUUUGAAGGAAGGCGCGUAAGUUCAGCUUCUUACCCGCAGGCUUACCCUGGAAAUUCAGUUGGGAUGCAUCAUCCUUUAUCUUCGAGGCCCCAGCGGCCACCUCCAUUGCGCGAAGUUGGCAAUGCCUGGCAACAUCAUAUGGACGGCAGAUCAAUUUCAUGUCCAAACCCUACAAUGGUUUUCGAACACCCGAAUGCAGCUCCGGCUGGCUGGCGCGUGCCUGGCUAUUUUAGGGAACCUCCACCUGAUCAACGUGCAGUGGUCUUUCCACCAUUCAACUCGUCGCAAACUAUAUACCGCCGUCAUCCAGAUGGGGCAUAUGUGAUGCCGCAGUACAGAUAUUCUGGUGGCAGUAAUGGGUUUCCUCGAUAGGGCAGUUUAUCAGAUGACAAUUGCAUUGUUGAACAAUUGAUUACUGAUCACUGGUGAGACAUGUGGAAACCCUGCACAUUCCUCUUGAUUAUCUCACUGAAUGCCGGUUCUGGUUGGAGACCACUGUAAUUGACGUGGAUGUUUGUGAGGGCAUUCCAAGACACACGUACGAGAGAGAACAAUAGGGGUGCCCAACUGUAAAGUUGACAAUAAACAUGAAAGCUUCAGAAACACCCCAAUAUAUUUGUUGAAUGGGAUCAGAAAUGGGCUUAUCUGCUAGUUUUUUCUUCUUCUUUUCUGAAUGGGUUUAUAAAUGGACUUAUCUGCCACAAGUUGAAAUUUUCUGAAACAUCACAUGACGAUUCUGAGAAAAAAAAACUCAAAUGAUAGUAGUACCAAAUUGCUUA